CUCAAUCAAGGUUAGCUAAUACACACCAAACUAUUAAUCGUUAAACAAAAAUUGAUGAGAGAAGUGUUUGUUCCUCGCUGUUGCAACUUUUUAGAUUUUAUUCCGAUUUUUUUUGUUAAGUUACAAUUUUAGUUAGAAAAGAGUGUUUAGUUAUUUUCGAUCAUUUAAACUGUUAAACUAAGUUUUGUAAAAAUCAAAACUUUUACAUAUACCGUCAAUCGUCAAAACAGUUUUUUAAAAAGAAAGUAUUUUUAAACAUGGAUUGUAAAAGUGAUUUACUAUAGACAUAAUGCAAAAAAAAGGAAAAGACAUUUUUAUUCCAGGGUACAUAUUACCUAUUAAUUCAAAUACUUCCAUGGAUAGAUCAAUGACUUUGUUGCAUAAAAAACGCCCUAUCGAUGAAGAAGACGUUAUAACAGAUGUAUCUGAAAUAACAAAUGAAAUCAAUAAAAUAAGCCAAAGCUUGGAAAAUCCAGAAGUAGGACUAAAAGACGCAACUCGAUUACUCAAAGAAAUAGAUGAGCAAAUGGAGAUGUCAUUUGAAAUUAUGGAAGAGCGUCAAAAUAUGGUGCGUUCGUAUUUAAUAGAGCGUGAAAAAGAAGAAAGAUCGUACAAAAAUAGAGCAGAUAAAAUAAUGGCGGAUUUCGCAAAUAAAAUGGAUAAGUUAGACGUAAUCACAAGUCAAAUACCAAUAAAAAUUCCUAUAUGUAAAGCUUCUCAACAACCAUAUCACGCUUACAGUAAGCUAAACAAAUUCUCACAAACUGCCAAAAUUUCAGUGGUUGAUGAGGAAAUUCAAAUUACAGCUGAAUUUUUUGAAGAAAAAAGUUUAAAAGAAGUUGUCGAGGUCCUAACCGCGGAGUUACAAGAAGUAUACAAUCGCCAAAUAAAUUGCGAAAAAAAAAAGAAACAUCCGAAGCAAAAGAAGAAAAAUUAUGAUAUUAAGCCACUUAGUUUCUUUGAAUUCGAGUCGUUGAUGUUAGAGGCACGUGAUGUGACACGUGACGUUAAUGCGGAAGAACAAGUUGAAAUAUUUGUAAAUGAAGAAAUUUUAAAUGAAAAGAACGAGGAGUUUAAAGUUGAGAUGGAGAGAGAGAAAAAAGCCAUCUGUAAGUUCUUUGUUAACAAUGAAGAUCAAGGCUUACAAAUAAAAAAUGACGAUUUAAUAUUUAAACUUAACGAAUCCAAAAAAAUAUUUAACAAAAAAAUCAAAGAAAAAAUGUAUAUGAGCCAACAUGAAGAUUACAAAAAAAUGAAUGAAUUAAGAGAGUCUUGUAGACGUUUAGACGCAGCUGAAGCAAAUUUUUUUCAAAAAAUAACUAAAUUAGCAAGCAAAUUCACCUUAGACGAAGAUGUGUUAAAAAAUUUUGCCCAACAACUUGCCCAAAAAAAAGAUGAACAAAGAAACAUUUACAUAGAUCAGUUUAUUGGCGAUUUAAAAAUUAAUAAUGAAAAAGACGAAAACUAUAUGUUAGAAAAUCAUUUCAAAGAGCUUUGCUUUUUGUAUGAAGAAAUGAAACAUAACGAGAAAGAGCUUAAUAGCUUACUUUUUUUAAAGUUUACGGAUAAAAAUAGAGAAACGCUUAGAAACUGUUUAAUAAAUAUGAAAAAUUUUCUUUCAGUAGAGCAAGAUUCUGAGUCAGACUCAGGAAUUGAAAAUCCAGUGUUAAGUACUUACGCUAAUUUUAAUGGUAGUACCCACAGAUUGCAAGAUAGCGGAGAUCAUAGUGAAACUUUUUGUAAAAAAGUUGGAAAAAAUCUUGUUGAAGACAUUUUCAAAUCAAAACUUUCAUCUUCCAAAGUUUGCGAUAUAAUACAUUACCAGGGCAAGUUUAUAGAAGACAUACUUCAAGACUACUCAGAUGAAAUGGAAAAAGUAGAAGAAAACCUUUAUCAAGUAAGCGCAAUUAACGAAGUUAAUAAAGUUUUGUUGACGCAUGAUGUUACAAAAGAAUCCGCUGACACACUAAAACGUGAACUUAUAAAUGCCAGCAGUGAACUGAGUUUAGUAACAGCGUUAAAAGAAAAUCAAAAAACACAACUCGAAACCUUAAAAAAUAAAAAAGACGAAAAACAGACACAAAACAGAAAGGUUUUUAAAAACAAAAAUAAACUGCGUCUAAGUUUAAAAGCUCUUAAUAAAACCAUUGCUGGCAAGCUUCUUGCAGAGAAGAGGAGAACAACUUCCGAAGUCAAAGCCAAUGUCAGCCAACUGCAAAAGGAAAACGACAUUUUAGACAGCGCAUCAAAAGACAAUGUUUCUAAAAUACCUGACAUUAGCGAGAAUAAUGCCAAAAUUUAUGAAAAUAGCGGAGAUAUUGUUAAAAACAAUAAAAAUGAAGAGGUUUAUAGAUUAAAAAAUGAUUUAAAUAAGUUAUCUUUUUAUGUGGAUCUUAAAGAUUCAAAAGAAUGUUAUUUACAAAAGGAAGAACCUUUAAAUAGCAGUUUUGCUUUCAAUCAAGUUCAAAAAGUUCCUUCAUCCACAGAAGUUGAAAGAAUUGUCGAACAAAAGCUAAAGCUUUCAGAAAUGCUGGUAAAAACCGAAGCAAAAAUUAAUAAACUUUUGAUUCAAUCAAGUAAGUUUCCUUCCAUGAAUGAAAGUUCUCAAUUAAUAGAAAACAGCUCACUCGGCUCAGCAAUUAAUAAUAAACUACAACUCGUUAAAAAGCUAACAUCUCUUGAGAAUCAACUUAGCAGCAUUAACUACGAAAUUUCUUGCGAGAAAACUAAUUUUUCCCUUAGUAAAGCAAAGAAAGAGCUUUCUUCAAUUAAGAGAGAGAUUGCGCGUAUUAGAAAAAAACUAAGAGAAAAGCAAUUUUCUCAAAAUAAAACCAUCAGUAAAAAACAGACACAUGAUACAAAAUUGGGAUUGGUCAAAAAUUACAGCAAUGAAAUAAUUCGUGAUGCAAUGCGAGAACUUCUUCAAGAAAAGGAGAGUACAGAAAAUAUAAUUCUGCAUCUUAAUAAAGAUUUAGAAAAUCUUAAAGAAAUUGACUCAAAGAUGAGUCAGUACAAAACAUGCGAAGAAAAACUUGUAUCUGUAGAAAAAGAUCUGUUAAAAAAAAAAGAAGAUUGCGUCAUUAAAAUGGUUGCUAUGGCAAAAGAUGAUCAUCAUUAUUUUAUCGAAUCACUAAAAGGAGAAAUUAAAACAAAAAUAAAUUGUAUGGAAAAAGAAACUCAAAAGUUAACCAUAAUAGAAAAGGAGAAACUCCGAAAUGAACUUCGUGAUAUAAUAAACGACAUGAAACAAACUCGCGAACAACUAAAAGAAAUUCACCAGUUUCAGAAAAUGGGUCAUACCAAAGAUAACACUUUGCUCACAAUAUUAUCGGAGAAAAAAAAAGAAUUGUCCGAAACAUUGAAUGAAGUUAAUUUGACGUUAGAUAAAGAAACCCUAUCACAAGACCAUGAACACUCGGUCGUUUCAAAAUUAAUUCAAAAAAAAGAGGGAAUUAUGUUUCAACUGGAAGAUCUUAAAGAACGUAUUAAUAAUCAAGAAGAGGUUUUAAAAUUACGCUACAAAAAGUUGCUCGAGGUUAAAAAUGAACUUGAAUCAAAAUUACUUGAUGGGAUGAGCGAAAGCGAACUCCAUUUGAUUAUUUCUGAAAUUGAAAAUCCUUUAGGCAGUGAUUACAAAUUGACAAAUUUGUUUAAAGAAAAAAAACAGGUUCAAGACGAAAUCACAAAAUUGUUAAAUGUAAGCCCAUUAAACAAAGCAGCACUGCAAGAAGCUUCAAAAACUCAUGAAAAUAUUGAUACUUUAAUUUGUACACGUUUGGAUGAAAUGAUGGUCAGUUUACAUGUGGACGAUUCUUUGGAAGACAAUCACAACUUAAAAUGUACCCUUUUAUUAAAUCCUGAACUUUUUUUUGGAAUUGUUCAACAUAAAAAAGACCUCGAAAAUACACUACAGUUUGUAUUGUCUGACAAAGAGUUUAAAGAAAAAAUUUCUGACGAAACUUUGGUUCUUGGUGCGCAAGAAAUUCGGCAACUUGAAGAUAUUAAACUUAUUUUGGACGAUUUUCAUAACCGGAAUAUAGAACCUAACCAUAUGACGGAUAUUAUUCGCUUUAAAUCUUUGAACUACGAGAAAAUUGAACGGUUAGAUGAAAAAAUCAAAAAAUUAACUGCUGUUCUGGAUAAUCAAAAAACACAAAAUAGCAGCUUUGCACCUAACAUGUUUACAGUAAAAAAUGAAGACAUAUUUAGCAAAACAGAAAUUCAAAAUUUAACAAACAAAAACAAUAAUAAAAAAAAUUUAUUAUCGAAUUUGCCACCGACUGAUAAUAUUUCAAAUCUUCUUCUCGUUCGUGAUGACCUUCUAAACUUACUGUUUUGUGUUGAAAAAAAACUUGAAAGAAAAUGUUUAUCAACUGACGAAUUAAAAGAGUUGUGUUCAGAGAAAGCAAAACUCGAAAAGGAGAUAGACGAAAUUGAACAAAAAGUAUUGAAUGGAGAUUUUAUUAUCCCAAACAACGAUCUCGAGUUUCAAUUGUCAAGUCGAAGUUUUUCACCAAAAAGUACUUCGAGUCAAGCUAGUCUUUCUGAUAUUCAUACCGAAAGAGAACAGUUUACAAAAAACUUAUUUAAUAUAAAAAUGAAGGAAAAUGAAUCGGUCUCUAUAACGAACUGGGCAUUGCAAACAAAAGAAGAACUGAAAAGUGAUUGGGGUGAAAUUUCAACAAACAAAGAUAAAGAAACAAUUCAAAAAAAAUCUGACGUUGACAUUGAGUUAAACGAACAUUUUGUAGAUAACGACGUCACCUUAGUGAUCGACCACAGCAAAGAUUGCUUAGAGAUGUUAUCUGACGAUAACGAUGAAGUCGAACCUGUUCAAAAAAUGGAUAUUUUAACAUUACAUGAACAAUCAAUGGUAAAAACCAAUUUGUCUGCUAAAAAAAUUUCAAGCACCUCACAAAGUAUUCUUAUUGAUGAGUUUUUCUCUUCAUUAAGCAACACAGACGACGAGAACUGUAUCGAGAACUGUAUCGAGAAUUGUAUCGAGAAUUGUAUCGAAAACAUAAAAAAAAACGAAAACGAUUCUUUUGUACCAAUUUGUGUUGAAAAGUUACAAUUAAGAGUUUUAGAAAAAAAUAAAAAAGAAAUCGAAAGCCAAAUUAAAGCUCUCAAAAACCAGAACGAUUCUAAAAAAAUUGAAAUGCAUAGCAAGCCAAAGCUUGUAAGCGCAGAAGUAAACUCUCAAUUGAUACUUGAAAAAUGUCGACUAGAAAAUGAAAUUGAAAGCACACGGAAAAAAAUUGAGGAAAAUGAAAUUUUUGUGCGAAAAAUUGAAGCUCUGACUGACCUAGAGUUUCUAAAAAUUGAACAAGAAUUUACGCUUGAAGAACAUAAAGAAAACAAAGUGUCUUUAGAAUUACAAAUUUCCAUUAUAAAUAGUUUAAUAAAAAACUAUGCAUGCGUUAUUAAAAAUGAAAUACUUCAUUUAGAAAACGAUAGCAUCGAAAAAAAACUCAAUUCCAAUUUUAUAAACGAAAAUACAAAUGCAUUAAAGUGUUCUGAAGAUCAUAUCGAAGAAUUUUGCCAACAGAAAAAUGAGCUGAAUGCAGAAAUAAAAACUCCCUUAAAAGAGUUGCUAAAAGAAAGACAAACUUUAGUAAGCAAACUCGAAAAUAUCGAAAAAGAAGUUAAAAACAUUGAAAGUAGUACGGAACUGCAAGAAAUUACAAAGGAUAUCAGAGAAUCGUUUAAAGCUUACAAAGAAACGAUUAAAAAAGAAAAAUUUUUGCAAGCAAAAAUAACAGUUUUUGAAAAAAAAAUUGCGGAUAUUUUAGAAGAAAUUCAAUGUAACGUCGACGUCGAUUGUAAUGAGCUUUGCAGAAAAACGGAGAAUGAAAACGAAGAACAUCUUUACAAAACAAUAAAUAAUUUAAAAACAGAAAAUGCAAGGUUAGAGCUUGAACUAAAAAACUUUAGAGAGCAGUUCGAAAAUAUGGAUGAACUUAAAAAAGAAAUAUUAAAGUAUAAAGUAGAAGCAGAAGCAGAUAGAAAUUCUGCGCUCCUACUUUAUAAAGAAAACAAUGAAGUCAAAUCUCAGUUAGAAAUAUUCAGAAACCAUCUUGAAGAAAAUAAAGAAUACAAAGAGAAACUUCAAAAAGAAGUAGCCGAGCAGAUAGACAUGAACAACUACUUAUUAGAGGAGAAUAAGCUUUUCAAAGUGGAACUAAACCAUUUAACAAGCCUCAUACAACAAGAAAAAGAGAAAAAUAUUUCAACGAACGAUGCAGCCAUUCAAACAAAUGAUUUUAAUGAUGAAAAUGAAAAAAUGAAAAUUGAAAUAGAAAACAAAGAGCUAUUAAGUUUAAAUGAAAGGUUAGAAAUGAAAGUAAAAGAAUUAGAAGAAAACCUUCGGCUUAGAGACAAAAAUAGUGCCAAAAAAAAUAAAAAAUUAGACCCACAAAAAUUAACUACAUUAGAGGAAUCCAUAAACAAUGAAAAAACAGAUGAUCAAAGAACAGUUGCACCAGAUAGUUACAUCAUGGUUACAGCAGCCGACGUUUGUGUAUCUUCUGCAACGAAUAAUGUUGUGCCAGCAGAUAUAGUAUUAAAAAUGUCGGAACAAAACAGUUUAAUAAAAUUCUUAAAUCAAGAAAAAGAAGAGCUAAGUGAAUAUUUAAAUCAACUGGAAUGUGAUUAUGCUAAAAAUAUAAAUCUUUUAGAUUCAACCUCCACUCAUUUGCGCGAGUUGAAGAGAAUGUUAGGCUUAAACUUAUUUAACUUGCUUGUAAAUAACGGAGAUAAUGAAAUAAGUAGAGCUAAUGGGUAUUGUGAAGAUGAAGCAAUAAACAACGAGAAAAAUACAGAACAAAUUGAAAUUCUUUUGCAACAAAAUUUAACAAUCGAAAACCUUUUACAUCGACUUUUACUAGAAGUUGAAACAAAAACCGAUGAAGAAAUUUGUAACUUUGAAGAAGAAAUUUUAUUAAAAAAUGCUGAUAUACUGACCAUGGAAAACAACUUGUUCGAAGCAAAAGAUUAUAUAAAGAAACUUGAAAUAAAAAUCGAUGUUAUGGAAAAGCAAUCAAUUCAACUCCAUGAAGAAUCGGAGAAUCGAAACGCAAUUGAAAAAGACGCAUAUAUUAAAAUAAUUAAUGAUCUAGAAAAUAAUUUAAACUUGGUCUCUGAAGCUAAAAAGUUCGUAGAGGAAGCCUCAGUUAAAGAUUGUGAAAAAAUUAGUUUGUUAAAUUACGAAAACAAUACGUUAAAGCAAAGAAAUUUUUAUUUAGAGGAGAAAUUAGAUUUGAUACAAAAAAAAGAGAAAAAAUUAUGUUCUGAGAUAGAGCAGCUGCACGAAGAUCUUCAAAACUCAGAAAAAAAGAUUGUAGAAAUUACAGUUGAAAUCAAAAAAGUUAAUGAAGACUAUUUAAAACUUCAAGAUAAACUAAGUGAACAAAUAACCAAACACAAACAAUUGAGGAAUGAAACCUCCGGAAACUCUAAAAUUGAAAUGGUUUUGCCGAAGAAAGAAGUUGCUCUUCAAACACAGAAUAGCAAUGACACAGUUCAGUUAGAAAACACAUUUAAUGGAAUGGAACAAUACAAACAAGACGAUACUGCCUUAAACAAAACAUUAGAUCAAAACAAACUUCUUUCAUUGGAUGAAUCAACCACUAACAUGCAACAAGAUAAUUUUAAAGCAGAAGAUCUUGUUUCAAAAAUUUCUGAGCAAAAAUGUUUUAUAGAAAAUUUAUUAUUAGAAAAAGAGCAGCUAAUUCAAAACUUACAUCAACUUGAAGAUGACCAAGCAGCGAUAAACACUCGGUUAGACUUUAAUACCACAAUUUUGCGCCAACUAAAACAAAUAUUAGGGUGGAAUUUGUAUUAUGUGCUUACUAAAGAUAAACAAAAAAGUAAUGAAAAAGAUAAAUAUAUGGAACAAAUUGAAGUUCUUUUAGAACAAAAGUCAACUAUAGAAGAAGUUUUGCACCUCCUUCUAAUAGAAGUUGAAACAAGAUCCGCCGAAACCAUUCAGAUAAGCAAUUUAGAAGCUGAGAUUCAGUUAAAAAACGCCAAAAUACAUUCAACUGAAUGUAGUUUGUACGAAACCAAAGAAUUAAUAAAAAAUCUUGAAAUAAAAAACGAGACUUUGGAAAAACAUUUAACGCAGCUCAAUGAUAGAGUAGAGUAUCAAAAUGCAAAAGAAAAAGACGUUUAUAUCAAAAUGAUUGAUGGCCUAGAAAAGCAGCUUAGAAUGCUUUCCGCAACUAACGAGUCCAUGGAAGAAACAUCAGCUAGAGAUCACGAUAAAAUAAAUCAGCUUAACCAUGAAAAUAAAAUGUUGACAUUAAACAACCUUAGUUUAAGCGAGCAAGUAGAAUCGUUGAAAAAGAAAGAAGAAAAUCUAUAUUCCGAUAUACAACGGAUGCGUAAUGAUAUCCAAAGUUUGGAAAAUAAAAAAAACAAAACUGCAGAAGAGCUGUUUAAACUUCAGGAGAAGUUAAAAGAAAUAUCAGACGAAAACAAACUUUUAAGAAGUCAAGUAAGUUCUGCUGAAAACGCCGACGAAUCAGCAAAAUCAAUUGUAAGAAAACUAUCCGUUGAAAUGAAAAAAGUUAAGUUGGAACUAGCUGAUUCAGCAGCUGAUAUUAAUAGCUUGGCACAAGAAAAUCAGCAGUUAAAAAUCAAUAAUGACAAUUUGUGUAAAAAAAUUCAGCAUUUGCAUAAAAGCAAAAGUGAUCUCCAAAGUCGUAUUGAUGAACAGAACAAAAACCUAGAUGCCUUGCGCGAGGAAGUUUUAGUACUUAAAGAAAGUGGAAAAGAACUCAAGUUUGAAUUAAGAGAUAAAAAUGAUAUUGUCGAAGAAAAAGAGAGGGCAAUUGCUAAAUUAGAUAAAACAGUUCAAGAUACAGAAAAAAAGAUUGAAAUGAUGCGCCAAGAACUUGUUGAAUCUAAGUUAACACAUCAAAAUUUAUUAUCAAAACAUCAAGAUGAGUGCGACCGACUAAAAAAUGAACUAAGAGUAGAAAAAUCAAUGGCAGAAGAAAUGAGAGCGGAAAUCGGAAUGUUGACAAGAUUAAAAGAAGAGUCUGACACUAUUGAAAAAAAUCUUAAAAACCAAAACGCUGAAAACAAAAGAGAGCAGCUACAACGCGAAAGUGAACUGUUGAUAAACCUUGAAUUGGAAAAAAAAAGAAACCAAGAGUUAAAGGAUUCAUUAGAAGACUAUUUAAGAAAAAACGCAAGGCAAGAAGCAAAAAUAUUAACCUUAAAAGAAGAAAAUGAUAACUUGAUGGAGAAGAUCAACAACUUGGACGAAAAGUACGAAGAUGAGCUAACUGAUCUCAGAAAAACAAUGAACGAAAGCUUCAACGCAAACGUUGAUAAUUUAAAUAAAAAACUACGAAAAAUGGCAUCCGAUUUUAUGCAGUUAGAUCAAAUCAAUGAAUCACUUAAAAAUGACUCUAAAAAGUUAACAAUCGACAACGAGGAACUUUUAAACCGUUUAAACACACAAAAUUUAAUGCAUAAAGAAAUUCAGGCUUUAGAUAAAGCUAAAAUUGCUUCUCUUACAACUGAAAUAGAAGGGUUGCGUCUCGAAAACAACGACAUCAAAGAAAAAAUGGAUGAAAUAAGGGUAUGCCUUAAAAAUUAUGAAGCCUUAAAUAUAAGAGAACAAGAACUGAGCGAAAGGGAAUUAAUACUUAAAAGUGCCUGUCAACAACUAGAAGAGGAAAAAUCCCAGUUCACUGAAACUAUUGAAAAACAACUAAAAAAAUUUCAGCACGAAAAAAUUACUCAAGAGGAUAUUGAAAAAAGAAACAAAGAUAGCCUUUCACUUAGGAUGCUUGCUUCUUGCCAAGAUCAACGUGAUAAACUAAGUGAAGAUUUAGCGAAGAUAAAAUACGAAUUAAAUAAUACAAAAAUGGAGCUACGAAAAGCAAACUUAACUAUUCGAGAAAAAGAGCAGUUUUAUGCUUCCGAAGAAAAAAUGUUGAUUAAAAAAUAUGAAGAAGAAAUUCAAUCGAAAAUUGAAGAAAUUAAAAAAAAUGCUUCAAAUGAUAGAGCUUUGUUAAUAAAAACACAAAAUGAAGAAAGAUUGAGAUGGGAGGAAGAAAUGAAGCUAUUGUCUUCUGAUCUACACGAAGAAAGUUUAAGAAAACUUGCUGAACAGAAAGUUGAUUUUGAAAAGGAAUUACAGGAUCAAAUCUUCAAAUUUUUACAUGAAAACUCAGAUGAAAUUACAGAACUCAUUGCAAAAAAUGAACAGCUUCAAAACGAAAAGAAAAAUCUUGAAAAACAAAUGAAUGAAGAGAAGCUAGCCAUGAUUCAAGAGCACGCUCGACAACACUUUGUCUGGGAAGAUACGGUGAGAAGGUUAUUAACAAGUUUAAUACAGUUAAAAGAAAAACAAUGCACGUUGCGUUACAAACACCAGAACGAAAUCACUGAACUUGAAAAUAAAAUUACUACUGAAAAAGAACGUCUUGAAUGGAGAUAUUCCCAGGAGGUAGACUUUCUAAAAGAAAAUUUGCACAAUAUAUAUGCUAGUACAAUCAAUAAGGAAAAACAGUUUUUGCAAUCUACGUUGGAGCAAAUUGUAAACGAAAUAACAGUUGUAAAAUACGGACCGGUGCGAAUGCAACCUGAGCGCGAUAAACCUAUUAAGCAAAAAUACGAAAAAAUUGAAAGUAUUUUAAGUUCCGUUGAUUUAGAUUUUUCUACAGAUAAUUCAAGUGACAUUGCCAGUACUGAUAGUGAUACACAUAUAACGAAUCCCAUAUUAACUAUGGAACAAAACUCAAAAGAUUAUGAAUUAAAGUUACGCAAAGAAAGCAAUUAUCUAGUAAAGCGUCUUUUAAAACUUUCGGACGCGAUUGAAAAACUCCAACAACCUAACUCUCAAAACCUCUAAAAAAGAAAAAAAAAUUAAUGGAUUUCGUAUUAUAUUUUUAUCUUAAUGACAUAUCUUUGUUUAUAUAGCAUAGUGUAAAUAUUUUAAUAUAUUUUUUUAAUUUAAUUUGUA